UUUUUUUUGGAUAUAAAAUAGUUCAAUAUUAUAAAAAGUAUUUUUGCAUUAAUAAAAUAGUAUUAUUUUGAAAUUAUUUUUUUAAGAAAAAAAAAAAUCCCAAGUUGGUUGCUGUUCCGACUUGGUCCAAAGCUGUCAAAAGUUAUUUUGUUGAAAAAUAAGGGGCACGGGUAUCUAGAUAUUUUUUAUUUUUAUUUUGCCGUUGGACACCUUCGCUCCCUCCCUCCACUUCACGCUACCAUACAAACAACAUUUCCAAACCCUAGCUACGCUAUGCUAUGCUAUGCUAUGCGGUAACAAUCUCUCUCUCCCUUCUGGCGACGUGAGCAUUUUCUGGUGAUGUGAAUCCGGAGAUCGAUCCUACUGUUUUGCUGUUCAAAAUACUGUGCAUUUUCUGUUUUUACAGCACUGGACAUUGCCGUUGAUGGCUUCAGCUUGUGUGAACGACGUGGGCAUGUCCUCGGAAAGCUUCCUCGACUGCCCCCCGACCUACCCCUCCUUCGGGUGGUUGAGCCCCAGAAUCUCAUUCAGCCGCGACUUUCCUGACGAAGAAUACAAGGUCACGGCACCUAACCCUUCUUCUCAGCCUCAGCACUCCGCAGAUCCGCCGGCCGUCUCAGAUCCAGAAGCUUCCGCCAAGGACGUCGGCGAUUUUGAGUUCAGGCUUGAAGAUCCGGUCACAAUGCUCCCCGCCGAUGAGCUCUUCUCCGACGGAAAGCUCGUGCCGCUGCAGCUCUCGGCGACUCAACCCGCCGUGAUGACGUCAGCGGCAUCGAUCGAUAUCAGAUCGCCGGAGACGGUGAAAUCUGGCCGGAGAGCCGAGGCGUCGGGUACGGACUCGUACCUGUUGUUCUCUCCCAAGGCUCCGAGGUGUUCGAGUCGAUGGAAGGAGCUCCUAGGCCUCAAGAAAACCAAGCACGAUAACCACAAAACGACAUCGUUGGCUUCUUCUUCUUCUUCUUCUUCUUCAUCGACUGUGCCUUCAAAUAACACCAACGUCGCCACUAAAUCUAUCAAGCAUUUUCUGCAGAGACACUCGAAGUCCUCGUCGUCCUCCUCGUCUUCUUCAUCUUCGUCCUCCGACGGGUCUCUGAGUCUCCCAUUGCUUAGGGACACCGAUUGCGAGCCAGUCUCUAUGUCUUCUCUGUUGCUGUCCACUUCUUCGUCGGGUUACGAUCACGAAGAUUUUCUUCCCCGAUUUUCCCUGGAUUCGGACAAGCCAGUAAACCCGAGCGCAGUUUCUCAUGCCAAGAAUCCGAAUACAAAUCUAAACCCAAACGCGGGUAGAGUAGUAGUAGUGAAGACGGGGAAACCCAGGGCGGGGGCGUUGAUGGAGCAUCCGAGUAAUAAUAGUAAUAGUAAUAACAAUGGAACGAGGAUGGGACGGAGCCCAAUGCGGCGAGCGGCGGAGUCGGGCGGGGCGGGGAGCAGGGGAGUAUCGGUGGACAGCCCGAGGAUGAACUCGUCGGGGAAGAUCGUGUUCAGGAGCAGCUUAGAGAGAAGUUGCAGCAGUCCCAGCAGCUUGAACGGAGGACCGGGGCCGAGGUUGAAGCAGCACAUGAGGGGAAUGGAGAGAUCCUACUCUGCAAACCUCAGGAUCACUCCCGUUCUAAAUGUCCCUGUGGUGUGUUCCCUGAGGGGUUCUUCGAGGUCCGGCGUCUUUGGGUUCGGUCAGCUCUUCUCUUUGCCCCAGAAGAGAUCGGAAGCCGGGACAACAAACGGAACAUCAGCAGCAGCAGGAGCCGCAGCAGGCAACCGAGGCUUGCAGGGUUACGGCGGCCGGAAUCGCAUGGAUCGAACUUGAAGAUGGGUGAAGAAGGAACUUCUAGUUUUUAUUUUAUUUUUUAGAUUUAUUUUUAUUGGUUAUUAAUGGAGCAAUACCACCGCAUGAUCGAGAUCGAUCACAACAUUUUCACGUUGUGGGGUGAGGGUUCAUUUUCUGUUUCUGUUUCUGUUGGUUGUGCGGAUUUCAGAUUAGUGUAAAUAUGUAUGCAGCGGCGGGGGGGAUGGCUGUUCUCUCUUAUUCUAGUUUCUGCUGCUUCUUCUCUUCUCCUUGUAACUUCGUCUGGCUCUAGCUUUUAGCUGUUGCUUUUUCUAGUGCUUCAGAUUUAGGUCUGCAUCUCUUACUUGCGGUAAGCGCUUUGAUCUGAAAUGUGUAAAGGAAAAAAAUUGUGGUUGGAGCGUGAGGGGACGUGCCUGAGAAGAGCGUGGGACCACGAUGGGAUUCUAGGAUUUGUUAAAAUUAAAAGGCAUGCAAUGUGCUAUGUGGCGUGUUAGGGCUUA